CUAAAUGUGCAAGAAGCAAAUUUGGCGCCACAGACGAAACACGGAAACCCUGAGUGGAAAACAACAAGGAGUUUGUUACAAACCGCGAACAAACUCAGAAGUUAUAGUCUUGUUUUUAUAUUUUUACAUUUUUUAAGCUUAAUUUGAAACAUGUUUGUGACCGAUAUUCGAAAGGAAUUUUAUGAUGUUGUCGUUAAUCAGAGAGUGGCCCUGUUCGUGUCUCCUGAUAUUGAUGCUUUGUGUGCCUGUAAAGUUCUGCAGUCUUUAUUUCACUGUGAUCAAGUCCAGUAUACUCUGGUUCCUGUGGCAGGAUGGCAGGAUUUGGGGACUGCCUUUAUGGAGCAUAAAGAACAGUACCAGUACUUUGUUUUGAUAAACUGUGGAGCAAAUGUGGACCUGCUGGAGACCCUUCAGCCUGAGGAAGACUCAGUUUUCUUCAUCUGUGACACACACCGACCUGUUGAUGUGGUUAAUGUCUAUAAUGACACACAGAUUAAGCUCCUGAUAAAGCAAGAUGACGACCUUGGUGUACCGUCCUACGAUGACAUCUUCCGUGAUGAUGAGGAGGACGAAGAAGGAGAUGGCAAUGAUUCUGGAAAUGAAAGUGAUGGAAGCGCAGAGCCUUCUGGGAAACGAAGGCGUUAUGAUGAGGAUGCAUUGGAAAGGAGAAUAGAACGUCAACGGGCCAGACGGGAAUGGGAAGCUCGAAGGAGAGAGAUUCUGUUUGAUUACGAGCAGUAUGAGUUUCAUGGGACAUCAGCAGCACUGGUGAUGUUUGAGCUGGCCUGGGUCAUGUCUAAAGACACCAAAGACAUGCUGUGGUGGAGUGUCAUUGGAGUGACAGAUCAGUGGGUUCAUGAUAAAAUCCCACACAUGAAAUAUGUGACAGACAUCGCCACCCUUCAGCGCCACGUGUCCCGACACAACCAUAGAAACGAGGAUGAGGAGAACUCACUGUCCAUCGACUGCAUGAGGAUCACCUUUGAAUAUGAUCUGAGGUUGGUGUUGUAUCAGCACUGGUCUCUGUAUGAGAGCAUCUGUAACUCCUCCUACACAUCCUGCAGCUUUAAACUCUGGUCCAUCAACGGACAGAAAAAACUCCAAGAGUUCCUGGCAGACAUGGGACUCCCACUCAAGCAGGUGCGGCAGAAGUUUAACUGUAUGGAUAUGACGAUUAAAGAGAACCUGCGUGAAGUAAUCGAGGAAUCAGCCAAUAAAUUCAGCAUGAAAGACAUCCGUGUGCAGACGUUCGCCGUAAACUUUGGCUUUAAGAACCGGUUCCUGGCCAGUGAUGUAGUUCACGCUGCGGCUGCUCUGCUGGAGAACGUGGAGAAGGAUGAAACGUCAGCGGACAACUUCAUCAAAGCUCUGGACUGUCUGUCCAGGAGCAAUCUAGAGAGGUUGCAUUUGGGCAUUGAUCUGGCCAAGAAGAAACUGAAGGCCAUUCAGCAGACCGUGGCGAGCUGCAUCUGCACCAACCUCAUUCUCUCACAGGGGCCUUUCCUCUAUUGUCAUUUGCUGGAGGGAACACCAGAUGUGAAGCUGUUUUCUAAACCUCUGGCUCUGACCCUUCUCUGCAAAUAUCUGCUCAAAGCAUUCGUCUGCUCCACGAGGAACAAGCGCUGUAAGAUUCUUCCAUUGAUCAUGGCGGCUCCUCUGGAUGUGGAGAAGGGAACUGUGAUCGUCCUGGGAAUUCCACCAGAAUCGGAAACCUCAGACAAGAAAAAUUUCUUUGGCCGGGCUUUUGAAAAGGCAGCUGAGAGCACCAGCUCCAGAACUCUGCACGAUCAUUUCGACACUUCAGUUAUUGAGCUAAAGAUGGAGGACAGAGGGAAGUUUCUGGAUGCCCUCAUCACCCUGUUGUCAUAAAGGCCUACUGCAUGCUGGGAAUGACUAUCAAACUACCCACAGAAACUCUGGACAUGUAUAUGUGUGUGUUUUGAGUCUGCAAAGAGACUCCCUUCCACACGUCACUGUUACUCCACAAGUGAAAUUUCACAGCCCUCGAGUAAACAUGAGGUUAACGGUGUUCUCAGUCAGUGUGGUUCACUGACCUUCACCUUGACCUUUCUAUCGUCUGAAGACUUCAGCUUAACCUCAGCGAUCAGCUGGUGUUUUGGUCAUGUGCUUCCAAACAUUGUACAGGCCUGAUUUAACUGUGUUUUGUGUCGUGUCACUUAGUAUGUACUUGUGUGUGUUAUAUGUGGAUUUAAAUAAAUGAUUUCUAUCAUCUUUUGAA